CAGAGCUCAAACAUGAUUCGUCUUGUGGCUUUCCUUUCCUGCAUUGGGCUGAUUUGUGCUGAAACACCUUUCAACCAUAAGGUGCACAAUGAGAGGGUCAUAGGAGGCAAUGACGCCAAACCAAACACCUGGAGAUGGCAGGCUUCUCUCCAGUAUGAUUCAUACAAUGAUGGCUCAUACUACCACAUCUGUGGAGGCACUAUCAUUGGUAGUUUCUACAUCAUGACUGCAGCUCACUGUAUCCUCAGCAUGGAUGCUAGUGCGUACCGUGUGGUGGUGGGGGAGUACGACCUGUACGAGUACGACGGCAGUGAGCAGUUCAGCCGCGUGGACAUGAUUGCUGUCCAUCCAGACUGGAAUGAAGACCUUGCCAGAGGAAAUGACAUUGCUCUCCUGAGGCUGGCGAACCCUGUGUAUGAUAACGGCUACGUGGCCAUCGCUGAUCUUCCCUACCCGGAUCAGAUGCUUCCUCACGGGUUCACCUGUUACAUCACCGGCUGGGGACUCAUGGACU